AAUUCCUUCAUCAAUUCACUUGCAAUCGAAAUUCCUCUUCCCUCUAUAGCAAGUCAGAGCUUCUUCCGAUCUCUUUCGAAUUCAGAUGGCACCCAAGGCGGAGAAAAAGCCAGCGGAGAAGAAGCCGGCGGAGGAGAAGAAGGCUGAGAAGGCACCGGCGGAGAAGAAGCCAAGGGCAGAGAAGAAAUUGCCAAGGGAAGGCGGUGCCAGCGACAAGAAGAAGAAGCGUACAAAGAAGAGUGUAGAGACCUACAAGAUCUACAUCUUCAAGGUUCUGAAACAGGUUCAUCCAGAUAUUGGUAUCUCGAGCAAAGCCAUGGGGAUAAUGAACAGCUUUAUCAACGACAUCUUCGAGAAGCUAGCUCAGGAGUCAUCUCGUCUUGCAAGGUAUAACAAGAAGCCCACCAUUACUUCUAGGGAGAUUCAGACUGCUGUGAGACUCGUUUUGCCUGGUGAACUCGCUAAGCACGCCGUUUCAGAAGGUACCAAGGCGGUUACCAAGUUUACUAGCUCUUAGAUUGUUAGGGUUUCUGUUUUUGGGAUAAAAAUUUGGUCUUUCUGGUUGUAAAGGCUGAUUCUAUGUUAGGGUUUGUCAGGUAGUUUUCUGCUGUAACUAAUGUAAUUUCUAUUAUGUUUAGUAAUUUCAAUCUGAACUCUUUUGGGUACAAA